AUGGCGCCCAUUGUGUUAAAAGUUAAAGGAAAUAUGCAAUCAUUGCCCUUCAACAAUGAUGAUGCAUCUGAUGAUUUGUCCAAGACAUGGAGAGUCUGUACCAAAGUAAAAGACUCGCUGGAAAAUGGAUCAAGACUAGAGAAUCUCUCAUGGCGCCUGUGGUUUGCUCACAACACAAACGACAAUAAGAAACCAACUCCCGUUUCCCCUGCCGCUGCUUCUUUGCUUCGUAAUUUUAGGGUUCCAGAUGAUUUUGAUUUCAAAGCACAGCAACAAAAGAGAAAGAACAUGAAGACACAUGCUGAACUAGAAGCAGAGUACAGACGGAAACUAAGCCUACAGCAAAAGAAGCAAGCAGAGCAAAAAAUACAGGAUUUCAGCUUAUACAAUAACAACAGCAGCAGCAAUGUAAACAUGGAUAGGCAAAAAGAGUUUACGCUUCAUCAAUUUACAUCAGAUCAAGCAGGUGAUCAGGUUAUCGAAUUAGACGAUAUCUUCAAAUCGUUUAGUGGUGACAUGCAAGCCUACUUGGAUCCUUCAGAAGAAAGCCCAACAUCUCAACAACUGGAUCAAAUCAUAAAUCAAUCAUGGCCUCUGCCUUCAUCUGAUUUCACCCAGGCAAGCAGCAACAGCACUUCUCCGAUUACAUAUCAGCCGCCAUCUUAUCAACCAGACUACACUGAUUAUAACUAUAAUGAAAAUUCCUCUGCCCUGUAUGUUUCAUCUGAAGCAAUGCCACCUAUUCCUAUAGGUACACUUCACAACAAGUUACUAACGACACUACCCAGAGAGACAUUGGAAACAGCCGGAAGACUACUCAAUAGUAACAGCAAUAGCACUUUCAGCAGUAGUAGCAAUAGUAGUAUGAGCAUUCCAUCAUCGUCAAAUUACUCAUCCUCCAUGAUUCAAUCCACACCCACUACGCCUUAUAUGACGACAGCCUCCACCUUUUCCACACCACAAAGCAAUCCUGUCAUGACAAAUCAGCAAGUGAUACAAGCACAACAACAUCAAUUUUUCGCUCAGCCUAUUACUACUCCAACGAUUACUACCAAAAAGAAUAUUAUACCUACUGCUUCUCAUAGUACCUCAUUUACAUUCUCUCAUCAUCAAGCCCCACAACUUCCCCGACAGCAACAGCAGCAUCAAUUCCAUCAUCAUCAACAUCAUCACAAGCAAUCUAAAUCAUUACCCUCUUCGCGGGCGCCUUCUCCACCACUGCCAUGUGAUUUAGGAGGAUCCUCUUCCUCCGCAUCUUCCUCUCCCACAUCUGUCCUUUCUCCAUCUUCAUCUCCAAACAAAAGAUCAGUGGCUAUCAAUAGCUCGCCUUCGGAAGGAAAAGCGCCUGUCUGUAGCAAUUGUAGCACUACAUCUACUCCACUCUGGAGAAGAUCAGCGAAUGAUGAAUUACUUUGUAAUGCAUGUGGUUUAUAUCUUAAAUUACAUAAUGCGCCUAGACCGAAAUACCUCAAACCACAAUCUUCUAGAAAAGAUCUUCGUGGUGAAGAUGAGAAUAUUAUUCAACCUCUUUGUUCCAAUUGUGGUACAUCAACUACGCCUCUUUGGCGACGUGAUUUAGAUGGAGCGCCAUUGUGCAAUGCUUGCGGUUUAUACUUAAAAUUACAUCAUGAAAAGAGGCCUUUAUCUAUGAAGACGGACAAUAUCAAGAAGCGACAACGUUGCGAUAAUGGAAAUUCUGCCAACAACAAAUCAAACAUCUCUGCAAACAAUACGCUCUCUACAGCGACAAAAAAGAAAAAUCGAGUAAUGGAGGAGCCUUUAACAACAACAGUUACAUUUGAUACCAAAUAUCAAUACAUGGAAGAUAUUAUACCAGCAGAAAAUAACAACAAUAACAACACAGCAAGCAAUUACUCGCCAUUUGGUUCAUUUGGUCUAACAUUAACUCAUCAGCCUAUUUAA